CUCUUCCGGCCGCGGACGCCUGCGCACUGGGUGCUGCCCGCCGGCUAGAGAAACAUACCAACCGCUGGACGGAGGGGGACGCGGCGCCUCGUCGGGCUGUCGCUCCCGGAAGGACCCCUUGCGCCCCGGAACUUGGACUGCUCUCCGCCCAGGCUCUGUGGGGCCCUUGGUGCCUCCUGAUUCCAGUACAUCCAGGGCUGACUCUGCACCGUGUCCACCUCGCUGUCAUCCUGAUGUGCAUCAGUGAAGAGGAAGGGGGGACCUUACUGUGGGAGCCAGGAAUUGCCCGAGAUUCCAGGCAUGCCUGGGGACCUUUCAGGAGCUAAGGUUCCUGAAGCAGCAGCCUGAGUGAGCAGAUUGGACGGGCCUGGUUUCAGUUCUUGGGAGCCAUGAAGCCUUGCACCAGCGCUGGUGCUCCGCUGUGCUGCUGACCUGCAUGUGGCCACCCUGGGUUUCUGUUUCUUCAGUCAGAGUCAGAGCAGAGCCCGGGCCCGACUUCUCAUUGUCCCAAGCUCCCAAGCAUGUCAGAAGUAGAAAAAGUCAGAAAGACCCCCAAGAAACAGACACCCUCAGGAUCUACAGGGCGAGAGGCCCCUGUGUGUGCUGACCCCUCCGUGACCAGAGCCAGGAGCCCGGCUGCUCCCCUGCCUUCUCCCAGCUCCAAGUUCAACACCAGAGCUACCAACACCCCCUGUGGACUUGGCUGGGGUGCUGCGGGGCACCUGCCAGAGACCGAGGUCAAACUUGAGUUUGCAGACGUAGGGGAACAGACUAGCAGUGGCUUCAGGAAGGCUGGACCCUCCAUCUCCCAAAAGCGGAGGGGGAGGGACCUGUCCCUGCAGAGGAAGAGGCCCCGCCCCCUCCCUGGCAGCUCCUUGUGCCCCGCGCCUGACCAGGCUUUCCUGGGGGAGGAAGGGUCCCUGGGCCUGCAUGUCCAUGGUGAGAAGAGAGGAGCCUGCUCCCUGGAGAGGCCUGGUCUUGGCCCAGCUGCUGCCUGCGCACAUUGCCACGCCCGCCGUGGGCAGAAAAAGGCAAAGAGACACUCUGGACGCCGUGGCCUUCAAUCUGUGCCUGGGCAGGAGCCUCCUGUGCAGCCCGAGAAGAAGGGGUCCAAGCAGAAGGCCCGUGGACGGCGAGAGGUGGGGGAGCCGGCGGGAAGGAAGUCAAGGCACCCCGUGCUCAGCUCUGGCCAGGCCUCCUCUAAGCAGGUGCCGGGCGGGGCAGCCAGGCCGGGCGAGGCAGCCAGGCCAGACGGACCAGAGAUGGGCCAGCUUGGUGAGAAUGAGGUGGCCAGGCCGGCCGACAUCCUCAUAGCCCAUCUGGCCAGAGAGGUGCAUCACCUCAAGAAGUGGAAGAAGAGGCACUUGCUUCCUGGCGGGGGUGAGGAGUUGCCCCAGCCAAGCCUCCAGAAGCCACUGUGUAUGAGAGCCAUGCAGGCAGAGGCUGAGGGCUGGGCUCCCAGGCCAUCCCCUGGCACCCUGGACGCCCUGGAUCAGAGGCCCACGCCCGACACGAGGCACUUGUCUACCACCAACUGCAGGAACGUCUGCCCUGUCCCCUGCACCCUGUGUCACUCGAGCAUCAAACAGGGCAAAGUCAAGGGGCAGCCCCAACCCUCAGGUCUGGUCUGUCACUUGGCAAAGAAGCACGGGCUGGAGGUGGGGAGGGAGACCACGGAGGCUGGCCCUGGGGAGGAGCAGGGAGGGUUGCCCACGAAGAAGCUGAAAGGCCUGCCCGCGGGGGCCGCCAGCCUUGCCCCCGGGGGGCUCCUCUCGCCACAGUGCCACCCGAAUGCCUCACCCCUGGAAGAUGGUGACAGGUGGGUGGCCCUGGGCGGGCCUGAGCCGCUGGUACAGGCUUGGCCUCCCCUGCCUGCUCCCACCAGAGGGAACCCUGUGUCCCCCCCCACAGCGGGCGGGGAGGACCGAGAUGGCAUAUAUGCCCCCAACCAACCCCGCGCACAGGCCUGGAACCGCAGCAUUGCCGAGUUACUCUGCAGCCUGGCCCUGCCGCUCUCCUUUGUUUCGUCCCCACCUUUUAGAAGGUUCGUGGCCCGGAUGGACCCUUGCUACCGCCUGCCGUCUCCAGCCUUCUUCUCCGACGAGGCCUUGCCUCUGCUCCAUGAGGCGAUGGGCGAGCAGGUGUGGCAGGAGAUGCAGUGGGCCGAGGGCCGCCGGGUCCACCUCACUGUUUCCAUGGCAGCCCGGGACACGGUGGUGGACUAUGUGGCUGUCACUGCCCACUGGAGGGCGACGCAGCCAGGGAGCCCGAGGAAGCAGGCCGUGCUCUGGGUCCAAGGCCUGCCGCUGGACAGCACUGCAGAGGACAGGCAGCGGGAGCUGCGGGAGCAGCUCAGCCUGUGGCUUGGCCGUGGCUCCCUGCAACCAGGCUUCCUGGUGUCGGGGGGCUGCCCCAGUCUGGAGCAGGCGGUCCGGAUGGAGGGCUACGCCCACAUCCCUUGCUUUGCCCACUGCCUCAACUCCCUGGUGAGAAACUUCCUGUGUCACCAUCAUAGCAUCCAGAUCAUCCUGGGCACUGCCAGGGCCAUCUGCGGCCACUUCCAAGGCUCCGCAGAGGCCCGGCGGCUCCUCUCCCAGCUGCAGCAGCAGUGCGGUGUCCCGGCCCGCCAGCCCUUCGGGGAGCUCUCGGACCACUGGGUGUCUGCCUACCGCUUGAUGGAGUGGCUGGUGGAGCAGCAGCGGCCGCUGCGGGAGUAUGAGGAGAAGCACCAGCCGGGGAAGGCGGGAACAGCCCUGUCGGCCACCUUCUGGAGCCUGGCAGACAGCCUAGUCAAGCUCCUGCAGCCCUUCCAGAUGGUGGUCCGCGAGGCGAGUGCUGCGCAGGCCACUCUGAGCCUGGUGCUGCCCCAGCUGCGCUACCUGCACAUCUUCCUGGAGCAGCUUCGCGGGCACUUCGAGGGGCAGAGCGCCGGGGAGGUGGGCGCGGCUGUGCGGCUGGCUGAGGGCCUGGCCCUGCAGCUCGCCACAGACCUCCAGCUCACCGAGCUCUUCCACCGCGAGGAGCUGGUGCUGGCCACGCUCCUGGACCCCCGCUUCAAGGGGAGGAUUGAGGCCAUCCUGCCCGCGGGGGCUGACAUUGACCACUGGAAGCAGGUUCUCGUGUGCAAGGUCAAGGAGAUCAUGGUGUCCGAGGACGCCACGCCGCCCUCCCCUUCCCUGCAGGGCCCCAGGGCUGGGCGCGCGGGCGCCACCUUGAGUGGCAGAAGGAGCAGGAGCCCUGGGACUGGCGGCAAGGGCCAGGAGGAGCCGGUGCGGAGGAGCAGUCCCUCUGGGUCCUUGCUGCUGGCCCAGAGGGAGAGGAGCUUGCUGGAGCAGCUGGAGAGUGCCGGGCUGCUGGCCUCUGAGAGCAGUGGUGCCUCCCUGUCCACAGAGAACCACCUGGCCAGCAUCAUCGUUAAGAAGUACCUGCGUGAGAACGAGACGGUGGGCGCCCAGGAGGACCCCCUGGCUUACUGGGCAAAGAGGCGGGCAGUCUGGCCAGCCCUGGCGAGACUGGCCACCAUCUAUCUGUCCUGCCCCGCCACGGGCGCCUUCUCUGCUAGCGUCUUUGCCUCCCUGGACAGCCCCGCCAUCGUGGAGCACGGCGCCUCGCUCCCAGUGGAGACGGUCGAGCACCUUCUCUUCUUGAAGACCAACCUGGAGCACUUCCCCAGCUACACCCCACCACCCCUGGUCUUCCCCAGUGGAGACCUGGCUGAGGGGGAGCCGACCAGCGGGUGACGCCCAAGGGGCUGCCCGUGGGAGCCCGCAGCAGCUGGAAGGAGAGGGCAGAGGGUUGGCCAGAACCUUAAACCUGUUUGAAAAGAAUGUUUCUUGGUUUCGGACAGGUGGCUGUUUUGUUUCCAGGGAGCUGUCACUUUGCAUCUGCUCACCCCUUGAUUUGUGGCCAGCGGUGUGUGUGUGGAAAUGUUGGCUUUGUCAGUAGGUGGCUCUGAGUUGUGCCACUCAGUUUCCGGACCACAGUGCUCCUUUACAGCGCUGGUGGGCGGUGGGAGCCCCCAGUGGCCAAGUAGUAAGGAUUCUGCUAUGGGAGGGUUUGGUCCCUGGCCUGGGGGCUUCGGCGUGCUGCGGGCAUUGCCAAAAAAAUACGUGUCUUGGGGGAUGUAAGGGGCCCUGCACACCUCACUUGCAGCAUAACUGUGUGCGUCAGGGUGCAGGCCCUGCCCUCAGGGUCUGCUUCCUCAGAGAGCGACCAGGGGCCCCGGGGGCGGGGGGGCGGGGGUGCCACAGGGAACAUCUUCAGCCACCUAGAGCCUGGCUGAGCCGAGGAUGCUCCUCCUGGGAAAAGGAGGAGACCCCGAGGCAGGUAGCUGUUGUAAGAUGGAGGUGCUGUGCGGACAGUGGCUUCAGGACCAUUCCUCCCCGGGGACCCCAGAGUGCCCGAGGGUCCUCACGGCUGGGCUGCUGCUCCUCGGCCUGGGGUUGAGGUGGAGGGGCCUUCCCCUCCUCACACUGUCCUUCCCACCUGCAGGGUUCUCUAGACCCCUGGAGACCUGGGGCUUGCAGACGGCCUCAGGAAGCAGGCAGGGAGGGUACCCUGGUGGGCGGCUGCCCUGAGUUCCCUAGGGCCGUGUGCAGGGCCGGAGGGUCCUGGGCUGGGAGAAGGAGGGGCGAGCCCUCCUGAGGUGCUGGGUCACUGGGUCACGGGCUCGGGGAGGGAAGGUGGGCAGAGGCAGGGAGCAGCGCCGCCCAGCUUGCACCCUGGCCCUGGGGGUGAGCCUGGAGGCCUGUCCCCUCGCUUUGCCUGGGCCACUGUGACUAACUCAUGGUAGGACAUUGGGAAGUUACUGAGACUGUAAGGGAGCAGGAAAAAAUUCUCCGUCUUCUUUUACUCAGGGUGAGUUUGCACCCCUGCCCUACCUGGCAGCCUGUGUUUUCAGUUUAGCAGUGUAACAGUGGCGUGAAUAAAACUGUACAGAUUGCCUUC